CGGAUUUUUUGUUUUGCUUUUGCCAGUGCAGGGAAUUGGGAAAGCAUGGCCAUUACAAGCUUUAGUUUACCUCUUACAUAUCUUCAAAAGCCAUCUUCUUCUUGCAGAUGCAGCAGCAGCAGUAGUAGUUCGAUUGAGAAGCCAAUUUCUGCCGUUUCUUCCAAUUGUUUAGCCAACAAAACCCUGCAGGAAAUUCGAAAUUCUGGAGUCAUCGCUUGCCUUCGAGCCCAAAAUGCAGACCUGGCAAAUCGAGCUGCACGUGCUGCAUUGGAUGGUGGAAUUUCAGCUCUGGAAAUUGUGGUGUCCACUCCAGAUGUUUUUGAGGUGUUAAGAAGCCUAGUACAUGAUUAUCCCACAAAAACUUUUGGAGUUGGAACAGUAUUACAGGCUAAAGAUGCCAAAGAUUCUAUAAAGGCUGGAGCUAAGUUUCUUAUGAGUCCUGCAACCGUUAUGGAUAUUCUAGUUGGUGUCUCAGAGAGUGAAGCUCUUUAUAUACCUGGGGUAAUGACCUCCACGGAGAUAUUAUCUGCUUUCAGUGCAGGUGCCAAGAUUGUCAAGGUUUAUCCCGUCUCUGCACUAGGUGGUGUUGAAUACAUUUCAGCUCUGAAAAGGCCUUUUUCUCAUAUCCCUAUGGUUGCAUCACAAGGCAUAACAAUAGAUUUGAUUGGGCAAUACAUUGGUCAGGGAGCAUCAGCAGUUGUUCUAUCCGAUGCCAUAUUUGACAAAGAGGCUAUGAGUCAACAGAAUUUCGAUAAAAUAUAUCAACUUGCAAGCCAUGCAGCUUUGCAGGGUAAACAAGCUGUUGAAAGGUCAGAAUGUUAGGUGCUGAUGCUUCUUUCGAUUUGUUGAAACCUCAUGGAACUGCAGGGAUUUAUGAGAAACGAGAAAUGAGAUUAAGCCAUCCGUCAUCCUGCUUGAAGUUUGGAAAAACUAAGCUGUGCUGGUUUCGGUAGGGAGAGUUUUAAACCCACCUUCCCCUUAGUGGGUUUCAGUGAAACUUUGGUUAUCAGAUGGUUAAACGGAAAAUAAAGCUGUGUUGGUUAGUUCAGUCUGUGGGCAAUUUACAGUCAGUUGCGACCUGUUGGGUAUGUGUUGCGGUCCAUCAAGUCGUCUAAAUCUGGAAAGGGGUGCAGACAUGCCAGAUUACAAGGUUGCUAAAUCAGUUGCUCUUUCACAACUUCAUUGUUGUGUUUUGUAUAACUAUUCAGCUGGUGAUGGCACUUUAAUUGAACUCUUAAUAGUUUUCAUAUCAUAUGUAUAUAUUUAGACAAAAUUUUCCCUAGAAUUGCUAUCUAAAUUCCAAGAGGAAUCUUAGUUGGUCAUUAAUGAUUAACUUGUGUAUUCUCUCUUCCAAA